AUGAUUCAGUAUCUAAUUCCUCUAAUCUUCAGCACAGUAGCUGCUAUACCACCCAUAUGCCCUGAAAUAGCACCAUCUGAAUGUGGACCUGAAAGCAUGACGUGCCCUAGUGGUAUGGAUUCUAAUGGAUGCAUGAGGCCUGAUAUGUGCAUGCCUUCAAAGGGACCUCUUGAUUUUCAUGGAAAUCAGUGCCCAGCACUCUGCCCUGCCAACUGUGAGCCUGAUAUGCUAUGGUGCUAUGGUGGUAUGUAUGGGAAUGGAUGCUUGAUGCCAGAUAGGUGCAUGUCAAUGAUGGUACCCUUUGGUCUUGAUGGAUAUGAGUGCCCAGCAUUCUGUCCUGCCACCUGUGGACCUGAGAGCAUGAUAUGCCCUAGCGGUAUGGAUUCAAAUGGAUGUAUGAUGCCGGAUAUGUGUAUGCCAAUGAUGGGACCCAUUGGUCUUGAUGGAAAUGAGUGCCCAGCAUUCUGUCCUGCCACUUGUGGACCUGAAAGCAUGAUAUGCCCUGGAGGUAUGGAUUCUAAUGGAUGUAUGAUGCCGGAUAUGUGUAUGCCAAUGAUGGGACCCAUUGGUCUUGAUGGAAAUGAGUGCCCAGCAUUCUGUCCUGCCACUUGUGGACCUGAAAGCAUGAUAUGCCCUGGAGGUAUGGAUUCUAAUGGAUGUAUGAUGCCGGAUAUGUGUAUGCCAAUGAUGGGACCCAUUGGUCUUGAUGGAAAUGAGUGCCCAGCAUUCUGUCCUGCCACUUGUGGACCUGAAAGCAUGAUAUGCCCUGGAGGUAUGGAUUCUAAUGGAUGUAUGAUGCCGGAUAUGUGUAUGCCAAUGAUGGGACCCAUUGGUCUUGAUGGAAAUGAGUGCCCAGCAUUCUGUCCUGCCACUUGUGGACCUGAAAGCAUGAUAUGCCCUGGAGGUAUGGAUUCUAAUGGAUGUAUGAUGCCGGAUAUGUGUAUGCCAAUGAUGGGACCCAUUGGUCUUGAUGGAAAUGAGUGCCCAGCAUUCUGUCCUGCCACUUGUGGACCUGAAAGCAUGAUAUGCCCUGGAGGUAUGGAUUCUAAUGGAUGUAUGAUGCCGGAUAUGUGUAUGCCAAUGAUGGGACCCAUUGGUCUUGAUGGAAAUGAGUGCCCAGCAUUUUGCCCUGCCAAUUGUGGACCUGAAAACAUGAUAUGCCCGGGCGGUAUGGAUUCUAAUGGAUGUAUGAUGCCGGAUAUGUGUAUGCCAAUGAUGGGACCUGUUGGUCUUGAUGGAAAUGAGUGCCCAGCACUUUGCCCUGCCACUUGUGGACCUGACAGCAUGAUAUGCCCUGGUGGUAUGGACAUGAAUGGAUGCAAGAUGCCUGAUAUGUGCAUACCUUCAAAAGGACCUCUUGAUCUUCAUGGAAAUCAGUGCCCAGCAUUCUGCCCUGCCACCUGUGAACCUGAAAGCAUGAUAUGCUCUGGUGGUAUGUAUGCGAAUGGAUGCAUGAUGCCAGAUAGGUGCAUGUCUGCAAUGGGACCACUUGAUCUUAAUGGAAAUGAGUGCCCAUCAUUUUGCCCUGUCACUUGUGGACCUGAAAGCAUGAUAUGCCCUGGCAGUAUGGAUUCUAAUGGAUGCAUUUUGCCAGAUAUGUGUAUGCCAAUGAUGGGACCCCCUGGUCUUGAUGGAAAUGAAUGCCCAGCAUUCUGUACUGCCACCUGUGGACCUGAAAGCAUGAUAUGCCCUGGAGGUUUGGACAGUAAUGGAUGUAUGUUUCCUGAUAUGUUCAUGCCUGCAAUGGGACCACUUGAUCUUAAUGGAAAUGAGUGCCCAUCAUUUUGCCCUGUCACUUGUGGACCUGAAAGCAUGAUAUGCCCUGGCGGUAUGGAUUCUAAUGGAUGCAUGAUGCCUGAUAUGUGUAUGCCAAUGAUGGGACCCUUUGGUCUUGAUGGAAAUGAUUGCCCAGCAUACUGUCCUAUCAUGAACUGUGGACCUGAAAGCAUGAUGUGUCCUGGCGGUAUGGAUUCUAAUGGAUGCUGGAUGCCAGACAUGUGUUUUCCAAUGGGAAUGGAAUGUCCAGUAAUGUAA